AUGGGCAAACGCAGCCGGCCAGUGGCGUCCCCGGCGCGAGCGCGGCGGGCGGCCGGCAAAGGGCCUGCGAAGCUGGCGCUGAAGCCGAAGGUGAAGCCGGCGCGGGCUGCGCCAAGGGCUGCGCCAAGGGCGGCUCCAAGGGCGGCUCCAAGGGCGGCUCCAAGGGCGGAUCGGGCCUUGCCAGGCGGCCUCCGCGCGGGCCGCGGCCGCGGCCUCGCGGCGCGGAAGGCGCUGCAGCUGUUCCAAGAGCUGUACGGCGAGUACAUCAAAGAGAUGGAGGAAUCCCAGGACGCGGCGGCGGCGCGGCGGGGCUGCGAGGCGCGGAUGGGGCGGCGCUACGUGGAGCUGCACGCCACGGCGCUGGAGCUGCUGAGGACCGUGGCAGAACCGCAGAAGUGCGGCGGCUACAGCGCGUUGAGCUUCAGGGGCGCCGCGGUGGCCGACCGGCGCCGGAACCUGCAGGCGCGGCUGGCGCUGGCCCGGCAGCAGGCGUCCGGCCAGCAGCGGGAGGCUCUGUGCGCCGUGCUGGCGGCGCUCUGCUGCCGCUUGCAAAAGAACUGGCUGUCCGCUUAUGAUGAUGAGGUGCCGGUGCGGGGCUACUUCGCCCACGGCCUGGUGGAUCCCAACUGCCGCUUUCGGGUGGCGGUGAAGUCUCCCUCCCGCCUGGCGUCGCUGCUGGUGACCUCGGAGCUGCCACUGGCCCGGGCCUUGGCGGCCAUGGACCACGGGGGGCCCUUCCCCGAGGGCCACGAGAAGGAGCCUGUCGGCCGGCGCCAGUACGGCCUGCAGCGGGUGUGCGUUGAGACGGGCUAUGGCGAAGAGCAGAAGGAGCGGCUCUGCGACGUGCAGCCGGAGGCGGAGCUGCGGGCGCUGAUGGAGUCCCAGGCGCCGGUGGAGGUGCUGGAGGUGUACUGCGCGCUGGCGCCCAAGGAGCGGGUGGCGCGGCACCGCCUGGGCCCGGUGAUCCGGGCCGAGCUGCGGCGGCUGCUGGCGGAGGCCAAGGAGAGAGGCCGAGCCGUGCUCUUCCUGGUGGGCGGAGACCAUCCCAUCGACCUAGUGCAGAAGGUGUAUUUGCAGCCCUGGUUCACCUCCAUCGGCGGCUUGAGGUGUGGGUACUUCCGCUGGAAGCAGUCCACGGAGGCCGACUGGGAGCCGCCCAAGCUCAUGGGCCAGAAGCGAGCGUGA